UAAACCACCUUCCAAUUUUUUCCCACUUCCUCCUUGCCGGCCCGCUCUUUUGUCGCCCUCGUAGGAUCCCUAAACAUACCAUCACCUUCAUCUCCCGAUCGCCAUCGGUGGAGGAGGAGAUCAUCGGUGGAGUCAUGGCGACCUCGAGGGACGUCCAAGAAAUCGUCUCCAAGCUCUCGUCUGAUAAAGCGAAAGCCAGAGAGGAAGGGGUGAAACUGUUGAGUAGCUGGUUGGAAGGCGAGAGGGCGGCUAGUUUCUGCAAGCUCCUCGGCCAUAACACCGCCAAGAUUAAGGCGGAUUCAAUCCCUCACGCUGAAACAUGGCCUUUUCUCAUCACGCUGCUCAUGAAAUGCAUCUCGUUGGAGGUCUCUGCAAGCAAGAAACGCCUUCCCAGGUUAAUCUUUGUGAAGACUCUGCGAAGUAGCAUCCAAUGUGCAGAAGAUAUAAAGCUUUCAGGAAGAAAUUUUCUUUUGCUUUCUGUCGUUAAAGUGCUAUUCAGUCAUAUAUGGGAUGUUAUAAAGGAUAUUCCUAGCUUCCAGUCGGAGUACAGCAGCAUUCUUCGACAUCUUCUAACUGUUAGAGAGUAUCGCUAUCAAAUGAGGAAGCGGGUUUAUUCUGGUCUAGUAGUACUAUACAUCAACAAGUUAGGUACUGUAAUAGAUAUGAAUACUAGUCAUACCAGUUCCAAGGAGGAUGUUUUCCGCAGUAUAGUGAUUCUUCAUGUCCUUUUGGAAAACCCACCUGGUGAUUAUCCAGAUAAUAUUCGAGAGGAUGUUGUGAAGGGAUUCAUUAUGAUCUUCUCAAAAAUUCGCUUUGUCAGGAAUGAGGGGAAGAUUUUACGGAAACUCGUGGAAUGCCUGAAUACGUACUUGUUAAGAGAUGGCCCAAAUCUUGGCAAUCAGGCCAUGGAGAUUCAUUUUGCUGUACAGGAUAUCAUGUUCAGAUGUUGGUUUACUUCUCAUGAUCAAGGACUAAAGAGUUCCUUGAUUAAUUUUGCAAAAAUUCAGCUAAAGCUAAUACGGUAUCUGGCUGAAGGAACUCAGAUAAUAGAGCAAUUACUUGAUGUUAUUGUCAAGGAACUUGACCAAGGCAUUAAUGUUGGUUCGGAAGUUCUUUGGAACGAUAUAUCUAGAGAGGAUAAGCUUGGAACUCUAGGAAGCAUCCAGCAAUGCCUAAUGGAGCUUGCAGCCACUGUUUUCUAUCAGGCUUGCAAAAUUAAUAGUAAAUCAACAUGUGAUGUAAAACGGUUGAAAAUGGAGCAUGCUGCAGUACGUUUAAAAGAUGGCCUCAUCAAAGGUUCCUGGAUCUGGAAUGGGGCCUUCGCCUUCUUUAUUCAUAAUUAUGGACUUCGACUAGAUAAGGCUCUGUUAAUCUAUUGGUUUGAAGGUGCUGGUGAAAGUUUAAGAAGGAUAUUGAGUGGUUCAGGUACUCUGCAUUCACAUGAUGCACUUCUUUGGCUUUUACGGGCAUUGCAGGAAUUCUCAGCUGUUUUCCCAUUCUUCCUUCAUGAAGAGCCUUCCAACAGCACAUCGUUCACUUCAAAUGAGGUUUUGUUAGUUAAAAAUGGUUGGCAAGAUAUAUGGAGCUGUUUGAUGCGUGGAAUACCUUCUUUUAGUAGUUUCUCCUCAAUUAUUGACGCUGCUUUGACACUACUUGGCAAUAUGAUUAAGAGAGACCAAGCUAGUGUAGCUGUCAUGCCUCUAGAUGUAUGGAACCUUAGGAUAUUUAAGCGCAUGCCUUCAGAGUCUACUUUGUACUUCAUCGCUUGCUAUUUCUCUCGAGCAGGUGCUAAUGGUGAUCUUAGAGACAUUCUGUAUCUUAGAAAAGAUUUACUCAGAGCAACUAUGGAAUUAUUUGACUUCAAGCAAGCUAGUUUUUGGAACGAGCAAAUGGUUUCUCUUAUUCCUGAAGCCAUAUUUGCUCUUUGUGCUGGUUGUGCAACUUUAGCACCUCUUUCUGGAGGCUUAUCCAUGUUUACAAGACCCAACAAAGAUUGCAAUAAGCUGUUUCUGGUGAAGGAUGAGCUGGAACACCCAGAGGAAGUUUUAGAAUGUUCUGUGGAAUCUUUAGCAGAAAUAGAAUCAGAAUCUUCUACUGAGGAGAAAACCAAUUGGUGUAGUUGUGUACGCCUUCCCAAGCAGAUUAGACGGCCAUUGAUACAUGAAUUUGAGGAACAUAUAUCUGAUUUUCUGACUUCGAAGGGGGAGUUUGGGGAAACGGUUCUUUCAUUUUUUUUCUCUCUGUGUUCCCUUUUGUGCAAUAGCAUCUACUGCUCAUUACUAGCAAGGCUCAGCGAAGAUAAGUUCUUAAUCCUCCCUAAGGUGAUUGAUUUUCUGACAGAGAUUUUGGACCAUAUUGUUUCAGUGAUCGACGAUAAGUGCAAUGAAAUGAGUUGUGAUGGUUCUGUUAAUUUAAGUUUCAUUCUUGACUCUGCUGGCACCAAUGCUUCGUCUCUUCGUAGCUUAUUAUCCUCACCACUGUUUAAGCUUAAGGAUGGCGAUGAUUGCACUGAUUGUGUCCCACUUGGUAGGAUCACACAAGCUGUUGAGAAACUAUUGGUGGCUUUUGCUAAGCUAUUUGAUGUGUUGUCAAAGUUUCCAACUGAUCCGGUUUCUGAUGCUGAGAUUCAACAGCUACCUAUAUCUUCUGUGGAUUCUCUGCAGGAUUCUAUGGCUGAAUUUAAUGUCAGAAUUGUUGACAUGGAGCUUGAUGCUGAUGAAAGUUUCGAAGAUAUGGAUUCUGUGGCCAUGAGUGGGGGGAGAAAGUUGAUCACUUCACCUUUGUUGUGGAAGCUACACUUGGUUUCUAUGAUUUCAAGUUUUUCUUCAGUAUUACCGUUCCGUACAUGGGAAGUCUUGUUUGAUUUAAUGGGGAGAGAAAAUGAUUCUAAGGUUUGUGAAAGUAUUCUGUUUAAUCUUUGCAAGUAUUUUCCUGGUCCUGCUGGAAGAUCAUCUGCCUUGGUUAUUAUGAUUGGUAAAUUGACAGAAAAUGAUGGAAAUCUAAAGUUCUUUUAUGUAAAUAUUUUGACUUGCAUCCGUGUUCUGUUGGGUUCUUUAAAGUCAAUCUCUUCAACUGGAAAUAAUACCAAAGCUAUACAAUGCAUGGAUGAAAGGAUGACCGAUGAGAACUUAAGUACUCUCUGUAACACACUAAAUAGAGUUGCUGAGUUUGGACUUCCUGAUUGGUAUGCUCGUAUUGAGCUGAUUAAUUGCAUUUGUUGUUCUGUUUUGCUGGAGCCUCAAUCUGCCCAGGUUAUGGUUGGAGGACUUCUAGUGAUGCUUCAAGAUCCCGAUUAUCGGGUUAGACUCUUUUUAGCAAGAAAAAUUGGUCUCCUUUUUCAUACAUGGGAUGGUCAUAACGAGUUGUUCCAUGAUAUUUGUUUGAAUUUUGGUUUCAAGAUGGUGAGGGGUUCAAAAGACUUGAGGAUAAAAGCUGAAGAUAUCAUUGCUGCUGGUCCUCAGCCUGCUCUUGCUGUAGAAACUGCUCUUAUUACCUUAGCACAUCUUGCCUUUGCUAGUGAGGAAAUAGAAAUCGAGACUGUCUUCAUGAUAUGUGUGAUAGCUGCUAUGGAUCCGUCUCAUAGGGAACUGGUAUAUGCUCUUUUUGAUAAUUUAUCAAGACGACUCCAGUAUGCUUCUAGAUGUGAGUACCUGGAGCAACUAAUGGGAUCAAUUCUUGCUUCUUGGGUAGCUUGUGAAGUAAGCUUAGUGGCUCUAGUUGAGGUGCAAGAUCUUUUUAUUGGUAAAUCAGAUAUAAAAUGCUUCAUGCAAUACUGCUGUCCAUGGUUGCUUCCUCCAUUGAUAUUAAAUGGAGAUAAUGCUGGUCUUGACUGGGUAUCGAAGGUUUCUCUUCAGCCAUUGUCUGUUCUUGUGCGGGAAUACUUUGUGCCUAUUUGUGCAUUGUGCAUUGCUGUUCAUUGUAGUAUGAGACCAAACAAGGAAAUUGGUGGCAUGGCCCUUAACAAUUUAAUCUUGCAAUUUGCCAAUAUUUCUGAGCUUGAGCGAGAUGAACUUAUAAAGAAACACAUGGUGUCAAUUGUCAGCUUCCUUUUGUCACUUUCAUCCUGCUCAGUUGAUCCAGAAUUGCCAUUCUUUACAAAGGAUACUGUGGUUCUUGCAGUGCAAACAGUUGUUGAUGGUUUUCUGGAGAUGGAUGAUCAUCCCAUUACUGUUGGUAUUAUUGACAAAAUUAACAUUUUCCGUGCCGAUAGAAUUUUCAUGUUUUUAUUGGAGAUGCAUUACAAGAUAAGUGCUGCUGUUCAUUCUCGGCAUAUUUGUCAUCGAUUAACUGCAGUUGAGGUCCUUACUCAUAUCAUAGGGCCUAGGGUUACUAAUCCUAGCAGUUCCUACUAUAUUAUCAAUAUUGUUGGGCAGUUAAUUGGAAGUCAACCCCUGCAAGAACAGUGUUGUGUUAUCCUUUCCACAUUACUGAAGGCAUUUAAAGCUAAACCAACCAAAGAUGUGUACAAUGUGCUUGGUGAAGAGCUUCAGUUUUUGGUUUCAAAAUUGGUAGCCUGUUGCAUUCCUUCUGAAUCUCAGAAUGUAAAAGCAGUUCCUCCUCCACCAGCUGUGAUAUCUUUACUUCAUGAGCUGACUGUUGAUGCUGACCCAUUACUUCUAGGCUACAUCAGAGAGUUGGAACCAUUCCCUGAGGUUGAUUGCUUGAAGAAAAUACGGCUGUUUCAUAAUGACCUCUGCAAGACAUAUUCUGCAAGGGAUCAUUUUUUGAAGUUUGCAAAGAGAGCUUAUUACCUUCCAAAGGGCCUACUUUUAUGGAGUCUCCGAAACCUGCAUAAAAGGUUGCUCGCUGGUGAAAUUAUUGAGAAAAGGCCAAAUGAUAUGGAAAAAUUAUGUGAGAGAACCUGCUGGAAUGAUAAUCCAGAUGUUGUCAGUGCUGUUUGGGUGCUUGUUGACUUGUGUAGCUCAAAUGAGGCAAGCACUAUGAGUGGACUGCUUGCUGAUUUCAUUUCUCGGGCUGGAAUAGGUGAUCCUUGUCGUGUUGUUUUCCAUUUGCCAAAUGGUUCAAGUCAAAAUCAUACUUUUCUGUCAUCAAACCUUGUUUGCCUGAAGGCAAAUAGGUCAUAUUCCAAUAUGGAGGACUCAGAUGAGUUUUUGGUUUAUCUUUUGAGAUUGUUGAAGAAAUUUCUAGCAGAUGAUUCUGUCGAGACUGUGGACAUAACUUCACGAACAUUGAGGGGUAUUCUUUCAACUGAAAAGGGCUACACUGCAUUGUUAUCUCUUGAUCCUUAUGAGAAGUCUCUAAUUGCGGUUCACUCUAAGGGUGUUAAUCUCGAACUUGUAGAAAGGGUACUCUUAGAUUUGGGAAAAAAUUGUCAUGAGAUAGUUUCAUUGGAAGAUUCUUCUUUGUGGAGGACGGACAAUAAAACUUACAAAAUGUGGGUCUGCUCACUGGUGCACUCGUUCAUUCAUCAUUGUGAUGAUGUAAUUUUAAGAUUGUGCCAAAAUUUAGUGUUACUAAAAGAUGAGAUUGCCGAGCUUUUGUUUCCAAAUGUCUUGGUGAACCUAGCGCGAAGUGUCCAUUCAGAUGUUCUACUUUGUGAUAUAAUCUCAGCAAAGGUUGAGGAGAACAUCUUUUGUGAAUCCAAUGGAUUGGUUAAGUCAAUUCAAAUUAUGCUAGAUGCAUUAAAUAAACUUCGAUCUGUUUAUGUUAGUGAAAUAGCUGGUUCUCUGUCAACUCCAGUGAAGCAUGGCAGACCCUCAAGUGGUGGAAAAACCCGUGGCAUAUCAGAAAUAUCAAAAUAUCGUUCUCCAAAUGUUUCUUUGUCAAUGUCUUCAUGGAAAAAGGUGUACUGGCUUUCAAUCGACUAUCUUAUGGUUGCUAAAGCAGCAAUUCGUUGUGGAUCAUACUUCACGGCAGUUAUGUAUGUCGAGCAUUGGUGUGAAGAACACUUUAAUGGUCUUCAAUUAGGAUGUCCUGAUUUCUCACAACUAGAAUUGUUGCCUUCACAUAUCGACCUACUUAUGGCUGCAUACACACAGAUUAAUGAGCCUGAUAGUAUAUAUGGAAUCAUCCAAUCAAAUCAGCUGACAUCACAGAUAAUUACAUUCGAGCAUGAGGGAAACUGGAGUAAAGCUCUGGAGUAUUAUGACUUGCUUGUAAGAUCAGCUUCAAUUGGCCCAGGAAAGCAUUCUGUAGAUGACACACUCAGUUCUUCUCAUGCCACUGAAGGAAGGAGUUGUUGGAAAUCAUACAAAGGUUUGAUGAGAUCAUUGCAGAAAACUGGUUGCACUCAUGUAUUGGACGUAUAUUGCCAAGGAUUGACUAUUUCCAAUGGCUGCUUGCAACAUGAUACUGAAUUUGCUGAUAUGCAGUAUGAAGCCGCUUGGAGGUCUGGAAAUUGGGACUUCUCAUUUGUCAGCGGAGAUGCAAGUCCUCCAUAUUCUACACAAUUUUCAAGUAGUGGUCAAUUCAAUGAGAACUUGCAUAGUUGCUUAAGAGCCUUGUACGAGGGCAAUGCCAGCGAGUUCCAUGGAAAACUUAUAGAUUCAAAGAAGGAGCUUGUGCUGUCUAUCGCAAGUGCAAGCAGGGAAAGUACUGAAUAUAUCCAUUCAACAAUAGUGAAACUUCAGAUAUUGGACCAUCUUGGUGUGGCCUGGGAUAUUCGUUGGAUGUCAUCCCAUCAAGUAUCAACAUUUUACCCAAAGAUCACUGAUAUAGCAUGUGCACCUAUUACUCCUGAAAAAGACCAGCUGGGCUGGCUUAAUGCUGAAUGGAGUGUUAUCCUCAGACAUACACAGCUACAUCUAAAUUUGUUCGAACCUUUCAUUUCUUUUAGGCGUGUUCUGCUUCACAUUUUAGAUUGCACAGAAUGUGCAAUAGAACAUUUGCUGGAAUCUGCUUCCACUUUUCGUAAGGGUUCCAGGUUCUCCCUAGCUGCUGCUUCUUUGCAUGAGCUCAAGCAACUCUGUUGUCAGAUGAAACAAAAGCCAAUAUCACAAAUUUAUUUCCAUGGAAGGCUUGAGGAAGCAAAACUUUUAAAAGCUCAAGGUCGGCAUGAUAUGGCUAUCAAUCUCGCAAGAUAUAUUCUACAAAACCACUCAAUGGGAGAAGAAAUGUCCAAUGUGUAUCGAUUGGUUGGGAAGUGGUUGGCUGAAACUCGGUCUAGCAAUUCUAGAAUUAUUUUAGAGCAGUACCUGAAACAUUCGGUGGAACUAACAGAGUUAAGCAAGGAUACAGAUGAAAAAUAUAUAUCUAAACAAUGUCAGACAUACUACCAUCUAGCACACUAUACAGAUAGUCUGUUUCAGAGCUAUGAAGAAAGACUAGCCUCUAGUGAAUGGCAAGCAGCUUUGCGAUUGAGGGAACACAAGACAAGAGAGUUGGAUGCACUUAUCAAAAGAUUAAAAAGAUCCUCAAAAGGCGAAAAAACAGAUUACUCAGCCAAAAUACAAGAGUUGCAAAAACAACUUACUAUGGAUAGGGAAGAGGCUGAAAAAUUGCAUGAUGACAGAGACAACUUCCUCGGCCUCGCUUUGAAAGGAUAUCAGCGUUGUCUUCUCAUAGGUGGAAAAUAUGACCUGAAAGUGGUGUUUCGGCUAGUUUCGUUGUGGUUCAACUUCUAUUCCAGACAGAAUGUUGUGGAAGAGAUGAUUAGCACACUGAAGGAGGUUCAAUCAUACAAAUUUAUACCAUUGGUUUAUCAGAUUGCUUCAAGACUUGGUAGCUCUAAAGAUGGGCAAGGAUCAACCAAUUUUCAGAUCGCUUUGGUUUCUCUCAUUAGGAAAAUGGCCAUUGAUCAUCCGUAUCAUACUAUUUUUCAGCUUCUUGCUCUAGCAAACGGUGAUCGUGUGAAAGACAAGCAAAGGAGUAGAAACUCAUUUAUUGUUGAUAUGGAUAAAAAACUUGCAGCUGAAAAUCUCCUGAGUGAGUUAUCUACUUAUCAUGGUGCUUUGAUAGGACAGAUGAAACAAUUAGUUGAGAUUUAUAUUAAGCUUGCUGAAUUGGAGACAAGAAAAGAGGAAACAAAUAAGCGAGUGCCAUUACCAAGAGAAAUCCGUAGUCUUCAGCAGCUUGAACUUGUACCAGUUGUCACGGCCACUGUUCCUGUUGAUCCUAGUUGCCAAUAUCGGGAAGGUUCUUUUCCGCAUUUUCGGAGUCUAGCUGAUUCUAUCAUGGUAAUGAAUGGCAUAAAUGCUCCCAAAGUGGUUGAGUGCCUUGGCUCAGAUGGUCAGAUAUAUCGCCAACUUGCAAAAUCUGGAAAUGAUGACCUGCGACAAGAUGCUGUUAUGGAACAAUUUUUUGGUUUGGUAAACAACUUCCUGCAGAAUCAUAGAGAUACAUGGAAAAGAAGGCUAAGAAUACGUACAUACAAGGUCGUUCCAUUUACACCAAGUGCUGGUGUACUUGAAUGGGUUGAUCGUACUAUUCCGCUUGGUGAAUACCUUUUAGGAAGUGCAAGAAACGGAGGAGCACAUGGUCGAUAUGGAGUAGGUGAUUGGUCAUUUCUUCGAUGUAGGGAGUACAUGACCAACGAGAAGGACAAGAGGAAGGCCUUUUUGAAAAUCUGUGACAAUUUCAGGCCUGUUAUGCACUAUUUCUUUUUGGAGAAAUUCUUGCAACCUGCAGAUUGGUUUCAGAGCAGACUGUCUUAUACAAGAAGUGUUGCAGCUAGUUCAAUGGUAGGUUACAUUGUAGGACUUGGAGAUCGGCAUUCAAUGAAUAUUCUUAUCGAUCAAGAAACAGCUGAGGUGGUACACAUUGAUCUUGGUGUUGCCUUUGAGCAGGGACUUAUGCUUAAAACACCGGAGAGGGUUCCUUUUAGACUGACCAGAGACAUCAUAGAUGGCAUGGGUGUUACCGGUGUUGAGGGUGUUUUCAGAAGAUGUUGCGAAGAAACUCUCUCCGUCAUGAGAACAAACAAGGAAGCACUGCUGACUAUAAUUGAAGUUUUCAUCCAUGAUCCUCUGUAUAAAUGGGCUCUCUCUCCCUUGAAAGCUUUGCAGCGGCAGAAGGAAACUGAUGAUGGUAUAGAUGCAUGUUUGGAGAGUUCACAAGAUGCUUGUGAAGGAAACAAAGAUGCAGCUCGUGCUACACUCAGAGUUAAAGAAAAAUUAGAUGGCUAUGAAGCAGGUGAAAUCAGAAGUGUGCAGGGGCAGGUCCAGCAACUCAUACAGGAUGCAAUAGACAUGGACCGAUUGUGUCACAUGUUUCCAGGUUGGGCAGCUUGGUUGUGAGAAAAGCACACAAUUCCUAUGCAUUUCCACCUUCGAGGAGCAUUGUAAAACAGUCUUGCCAUUUGGAUGUCCAUUAUCCUUGAAGCAUAUUUUGGUGCCAAUCUUUCUUGAUCAUCAAAGUGAAGAAUUUAAUAUAUGUCCAUUAUCCUCUUGCUCACCUUCUCUCUAUUACAAGAGUUGGAUGGAUGAUGGAUCUGAACUGGUGUAUCAUAGCAGUUGCUUUCUAUGUUCAAUUGAAAUGGGAAAAGAUUAUGACAAACAGCUCAUGUUGGAGUCUUUUUAAUAAUCCGGGAAAUUAUAAAGGUCCUUAUCUCCCCAUUU